UUGCAGGAGUGCAGUUAAUUCUGUCCCACUACGGGUUUCGUUUGUCCCAUAGUGCUCACCACAAAUGUCAAAACAUCUGUGGUUUGUUUGUUUAUGUUCUUGAUAGUUUCCAAAAUUUGUCGCACGAUUUGGAUUGCUGGUUUACGUAGCCGUUUCUAUUGCUAGUAAUGAAAUUAAUCGUUGUUAUUCAGGUUUAAAAAUUGGAAAACAACCCGCGGAUCGCAAAGAAGCAGCUUAUCAAAAUAAUUUUUGGAGCUUUUGUGUGCGUGUGUGUGUGUGUGGGGGUGUGGAAAAACUGUAGUGUUUCGAAUCCAUUCACCUGUAAGCAAACAUCGGCCACCUCCAAACAUAAGCACCAUGCGUUGCAUAAUAUCUGUCCCGUGCGGUGGAACGCGACUACAGUGUUGUGGCGGCACAAAGCAAAAACGCGACAUCAAGGAACCGCAUCACUACUACUAGAGCACGUGGCGUACGCGUCGGACUACGACGAGCGCGCGCUACGCGCCCCGACGAAACGGCGAUCGAUGUCCGGCGUCGAGUUACGCGGUUAUUGUUGAUUGUGCUGCCGAGCCAGUCAGUUAGCGAACAAACACCGGCACGACUUAACACGCGUAAAGGUCGCGCUUCUGCUUAUCGUACUCUCAAGGUAGUGUACUUUCGAACGCGGUCAGUGUGCGUAGUGGAAACGCAUCUCUGAAAUCGGGAACUUCGUUAUCUCGGCCCCACCCGGAAAAGAGUUAAACGCUUACCGUGUGUCCUUGGGAAAUUCGCAUUUCGUUGCAUUCGCUCCAAACAAAUAUGGCAUCGGGGAGAAGUACACUGGCCGAAAGUCUCCGUGAGCUGUACCAGUUCAGUGUGGUCGACUACUGCAUGUUCGGUGCGAUGCUAAUCCUUUCGGCCGGCUGUGGAAUAUACUUUGGGUUUUUCAAAAGAAACAAAAGUGGUGAUGCGGAUACGCCCGAAAGCAGCAGCAGCGAUGACGAAAGUGCGCAUCGAACGGUAGUGAGUGGGUCUGGUCGAAAUAGAACAAAGACUACCUUCGGUUCCUCCACCAUGGAUGAGUAUCUGCUGGGGUCCAGAAAGCUGAAGGCAUUCCCGGUCGCGAUGAGCCUUGUGGCGGGUUAUAUAUCGGGCGUAACGAUACUUGGUACGCCGGCAGAAAUCUACAACUUCGGUACACAGUACUGGCUGAUCGUGAUACCAAUUCUACUGAUGGGAGUCGCCGUCUGUACCGUUUAUCUGCCAGUGUUCUGCUCACUGAAGCUAAACUCGUCGUAUGAAUAUCUGGAGCUAAGAUUCAAUUCUUACGUCCGGUCAAUAGCAUCGGUCAUGUUUGUCAUUGAUGAGCUUCUUUUCCUCCCGAUGAUCAUCUAUGUACCAGCGCUAGCAUUCAAUCAAGUGACCGGUUUCAAUCUGUACGUGAUUGGUGCGAUCGUGUGCGUCGUCUGCAUAUUUUACACCCUACUGGGAGGUAUUAAAGCUGUGGUAUUUACCGACGCGUGGCAGGUAGUGGUAAUGUUCAUCUCCGUCGUUGUCGUCGUCAUUAUCGGUACGAUUGCGAUCGGUGGUCCAGAUGUCAUUUGGGACCGCUCGGUAGAAGGUGGACGGAUAGAUUUCUUCAAUUUUAAUCCCUCCAUGUACGAGCGACAAACAUUUUGGGCUGUGCUAAUCGGUGGUUUCUUCUACUGGACCUCAUUCAACUCCGUGAACCAAACGAUGGUUCAGCGGUACAUGUCGCUACCAAAUCUGAAGAAAGCAAAGCUAUCCAUUGCUAUGUUUACGGUCGGUAUGGGAGUGUUUGUAUCCGUCUGUUGCUACGCCGGUUUGCUGCUGUAUGGAAAGUAUUUCGAAUGUGACCCGGCAACGGUUGGGCUUGUAACGACGGAUGAUCAACUAUUUCCUCACUACGUGAUGGAAUCUGUGGGAAAACUGAAAGGCAUCCCAGGAUUGUUUAUUGCCGGUGUGUUUGGUGCUGCACUCAGUUCACUUUCCGUAGUGCUAAACUCUACCUCCGCUGUGCUGCUGGAGGACAUCUUGAAAGGACUGUUUCGGGUCAAUCCGUCUCCGUUCGUGGCGAACGUGUUUGUGCGCGGUAGCGUUGUUGUACUGGGACUGGCCGCUAUGGGUUGCCUGUUCAUCAUCGAGAAGCUGGGUGGAAUACUGAGUGUUGCUACCUCCCUGUCGGCGAUUGCUGCCGGCACAACGUGUGGCAUUUUCACCCUGGGAAUGUUGAUUCCGUGGAGCAACACGAAAGGUGCACUGUUCGGUGGUGUAUCGGGUGCCCUUCUGUCCGGUUGGGUUUCCCUUGGCAGUCAGUUUGCUGGUGCAGCGGGUGAAAUUGUACCCCAUAAGCUACCUGUUUCGGUGAGCGGAUGUAUCGAGGAUCUGAUCACAAAUGUUACGCUGGUGAAUCCAAUCUAUCCGGAUGAAGGUGCUGUUUUCCCGCUGUAUCGGCUUUCAUACCACUGGAUCACACCGAUCGGUGUACUGACGGUACUGAUCGUUGGUACAGCCGUAUCGUUCAUCACAGGACCGCGCGAUCUACGACACAUCGAUCCGGAACUCAUCUCACCGGUCAUCCAUCGAUUCUUGCCACAGGAAUCGUUCGGUAAUUUCGGCACGGCAAGCAAGAAUUCAGCACCGGGACCAGUGGUUUUUAGCGAAGAAAUGCAACCACACACAAACGUGUCCUCCUCUACGGGUGGAAACCCGUACGGUACGACGGUGGAACGAAAUGGACAGGUAUUGAAAUCUCGAUGAUGAAGCUGUAGAUCGCGUGCAAAUGACUCAUAAUCAAGAAACACAUAUCCCGACGAGAUUCCCGCUACGUGAACCGGGAUAUCCGCGGCAGCUCUGUGCCAAAUUUGGUCACCAAAUGGAUCUGUUCCACUACUGACAUAGAAGCGAAAGUAUUGAAGUAUGUGCAAAGACAAACGACAAAGACACACCUAGCGUAGGGCGCGGUAAUUGAGCCCACACCACUAGAAAGACUGUGUGUAAAACAAUCGAGUGUCCAAUUAGCUUCCUAUAGAGUGAGGUGGGGUUUUGGUGGGGCACUGGAAAACUGUUUAGUAAUUAGCAAAGAGUGUAUAUUGUUUUGUAUUUGUAUUUAACUCUUUGUUUUACAUGUGUAAGGAUUUACGUGAUUGUAAACGUAUUGUUUACAACAAACACUUCUAAUCAACAACUCUUCCUCUUCCCCACCAUAUCGUUACACAAUCUGUGAUAAACUUUGGUGCAAAAUGUGAAUGGAAAACAGCGUGUGGAAUGAGUACUGUUUUUUUUUGUUUGGUAGUUGUGGUUGUUAUUAUUGAUUGAGAGGUGUUUGAUUGCCAUGAAAGUUGUUUCAACUUGGGGUUGUCUAGUAUAAACGAUGUGCUUAGUGAAAAUUUAUUAAUGUUGAGUGCUUAAAACGGAUGACAGGUGUAUGUAAAAUGCGUAUAAAAUAAAACCAAUUUAUGAAUACCGGUA